UUUGCCUCCCUCCUUCCCUCCCAUGCACAACCCUCCUCCUGCCCCCUGAAGCAUCGACGGCCACUCAGUGGCCGAUGCUUCGGGGGGCAGGAGGAGGAGGAGGGUUGUGGGUGGUUUUCUCCUGCUGUCUCUGGGAGAGGAAACCAAACCUCCCCUUUCUGGGUGUUAACUCUCCAGCCCCCAUGGGUUGGGUUUCAAACCACGUUUCUCAGGAUUCGGUUCUUUUGUAAUAAUGGUUUGCGCUGUUGUUUUUACGGAGAGAUACGGGCGAGAAGCUGGGAACCAAAAAGGAUACGCUUGUAGGUUUUGUUAUUGUAUAAAUGAAGGUGAAUAAUUAACCUGUUACACUUGAUAUUUUUGCAGAUCAAAAGAAGGAGGAAACUAUGCCCACAGAGGGAGAGAAAUCUCCCGAGGCAGAGAAUAACAACAAUAAUAAUAAAAAAGGGAAAACUGGAGGCUCACAGGAUUCUCAGCCUUCACCUCUUGCUUUGCUAGCAGCCACUUGCAGCAAAAUAGGAACUCCUGGUGAGAAUCAAGCAACUGGACAGCAGCAGAUUAUUAUAGAUCCAAAUCAAGGUUUGGUGCAGCUUCAAAAUCAGCCACAACAGUUAGAAUUAGUAACAACUCAGCUCGCUGGAAACUCUUGGCAGCUUGUUGCUGCAUCUCCUUCUGCUUCAAAGGACAAUAAUGUUGCUCAACAGGGAUCUUCCGUUGCCUCAAGCGCACCAAGUCCCUCCAGCAGUAACAAUGGAAGUGCAUCUCCUACAAAAACCAAAUCGGGCAAUUCUUCUGCAACAACCCCUGGACAAUUUCAAGUCAUUCAAGUACAAAAUCCAAGUGGUAGUGUCCAAUAUCAAGUGAUACCACAGAUUCAGACAACAGAAGGUCAACAAAUUCAAAUUAAUCCUGCAAAUGCUACUGGUCUACAAGAUAUACAGGGUCAAAUUCAGCUUAUUCCUGCGGGAAAUAAUCAAGCUAUCCUCACAGCUUCAAAUAGGACAGCUUCGGGGAAUAUUAUUGCUCAGAACCUAGCAAAUCAGACGGUCCCAGUCCAAAUCAGGCCUGGUGUUUCCAUACCACUGCAAUUGCAAACCAUUCCUGGUACUCAGGCACAGGUGGUGACAACUUUACCUAUAAACAUUGGUGGAGUAACCCUAGCGUUGCCUGUGAUAAACAACAUGGCAGCUGGAGGAGGUUCAGGUCAAGUUGGCCAGUCCACAGAGGGUGGAGUUUCCAAUGGAAGUCAGCUGGCAUCUACACCGGUCACUUCUGCCUCUGUUAGCUCAAUGCCAGACUCUCCUUCUUCAUCGUCCACUUCUACGACCACUGCUUCAACAUCUCUAACUAGCAGUGACACCUUAGUAAGCUCUGCAGAAACAGGCCAGUACACAAGCACAGCAGGCGGCAGUUCAGAGCAGCCAACAGAAGAAUCUCAAACAACUGCAACAGACUCUGAAGCCCAAAGCUCCAGUCAGCUUCAGUCAAAUGGAUUACAGAAUGUUCAGGAUCAGUCAGGUUCCCUUCAGCAGGUACAGAUUGUAGGUCAACCUAUUCUACAGCAGAUACAGAUCCAGCAGCCUCAGCAGCAAAUUAUACAGGCCAUUCCUCCACAGUCAUUUCAGCUCCAGUCAGGGCAAACUAUACAGACCAUCCAGCAGCAGUCUUUGCAGAAUGUGCAGCUACAGGCAGUAAGUCCAACUCAGGUGCUCAUCCGGGCUCCAACUUUAACACCAUCAGGACAGAUCAGUUGGCAGACUGUACAGGUUCAGAAUCUGCAAAGCCUUUCAAAUCUUCAAGUUCAGAAUGCUGGGUUACCCCAGCAACUCACCAUUACCCCUGUGUCUUCGAGUGGUGGCACAACCAUUGCCCAAAUUGCUCCAGUGGCUGUUGCCGGUACUCCAAUCACCCUGAAUGCUGCCCAGCUUGCUUCAGUACCUAAUCUUCAAACAGUAAGUGUUGCCAACCUGGGUGCUGCAGGUGUUCAAGUUCAAGGAGUUCCAGUUACCAUUACCAGUGUUGCAGGUCAACAGCAAGGGCAGGAUGGAGUAAAAGUGCAGCAGGCUACCAUAGCUCCUGUUACUGUAGCAGUAGGUGGCAUUGCUAAUGCAGGAAUUGGUGCUGUUAGUCCUGAUCAGAUAACACAAGUGCAGCUGCAACAAGCUCAGCAAGCUUCUGACCAGGAAGUGCAACCUGGCAAGAGAACAAGAAGAGUUGCCUGCUCAUGUCCAAAUUGCAGAGAGGGAGAAGGAAGAAGCAGCAACGAGCCAGGAAAAAAGAAGCAACAUAUCUGCCAUAUUGAAGGAUGCGGUAAAGUUUAUGGCAAGACAUCUCAUCUUCGGGCGCAUCUGCGCUGGCAUACUGGUGAAAGACCAUUUAUAUGCAACUGGGUUUUUUGUGGCAAGCGAUUUACAAGAAGCGAUGAGUUGCAAAGACAUAGAAGAACCCACACAGGUGAAAAGAGAUUUGAGUGCCCAGAAUGCUCUAAAAGGUUUAUGCGAAGUGACCAUCUAUCGAAACAUGUCAAAACUCAUCAGAACAAGAAGGGUGGUGGAACAGCCCUUGCUAUUGUUACCUCAGGAGAACUGGACUCUUCAGUUACUGAGGUUCUUGGUUCUCCAAGAAUUGUCACUGUUGCUGCCAUUUCUCAAGAUUCAAACCCAGCAACCCCUAAUGUUUCAACAAACAUGGAAGAAUUCUGAAAGGAUAAUUUAUAUGGACGCCUAGUGCUGCACUUAAGUUUACAUGCCUUUCAGGAUAUGGAAGUGGGCUUGUAAAGUGGAUUACAGAGAAGGAAAUUGUGUUAUCAGUCUUGACUUCUGUAAGUGUUCCAGCUUGGAGGGUCAGCAUGGAAAGUGUACACUGGUGCAACAAGGCAAAAUUUCAAAAAUACAAACAGCGCAAAUUGAUGUACUGGAUAAACAGAUGGGGAAAAAAUUAUUUCCAUACUGUACUUUUUUUAGUUAUAUGUCUGUAUAUCAUGUCAUGAUUUUAAAUGAACUUUUCCCUUCUAUUUUGGCACUGUAUGUUGAUGUGUUUGUAAAAUCAGAUAAUAUCAAUGUCAAACAGGGUGGACCGUGACUAGGGUUAAUAUCAUUUUAUGAAGGUACUUUGUUUUUAAUAUGAAUUUGUAAUAUUUUCAUGAUAACAUCCUUUUCCCAUAAAGCACAGCAAAACUGAAUACAGACUGAACAAAAGGGGAAAUAGUUUAAGUUUUUGCUCAGUCCACAGAACGUGUUAGUUUAUUUUGGCCGUCUUUUCUCGAGUUUUGGAAUUAUUCAAUUAGCAGCUGGAUGAUACAUGCUGUGAGGUGGAUCUGAGGUGGAUCUCAGAUUUAUUUUGACCACUACAUUAUAGUAGUGCGUAUAAAUGACAAUCAGUGAGUUCUAAUUCCUCUCUUUCUUUGGAGAGCUAAGAUUAUGUAGAAUUAGUGUAUACAGUAGGAAAAAGCGAAACCGUAGAAAGAUAUUAACAUAAGAUUUUACAAAACUAAUUGUGUCUUUAUGUAGGAGGAAGAAUGAAUAUGGCAACUUUGGGGUCAAUUUUGAAUAUUUCAUAUUUUUAAGUAUCAGUGGUCUGUUUCUAACUCAUAGGUAACAAAUAAUAAAAUCUCAAUAUUUAAAUGUUUUAAUUUUGUUAGAAUUCAUGGAAACAAUCAGAGAAUUGUCUCCAUGAGUGUUGUAAAUCACUCUCCAGUAUCUUCUUUCUGCAAUACUAGCUAUUUUCUUGUGGUUAAUGUGCUGAGUUCUUUAUGCUUUGACUUAAUAGCCAAAGAGAAGAAUUAAUUACCACAUUUUAACCAAAAAAAGGCACAAGUAAACAUUUUCUCUCCUUUCCCCUAAAUGUUACUGUAUUUAUUUUCUCUACUUUCUUGGACUGGUAAUAAAUAAUCUGUUACCUAUUGAAUCUUACAUUGAGACUCCAACCAUAAAACAAAAAGGAGAAAGGGGAAUACAGUUAUCACUUUACAUGGCUUUUGAUUUGAAAGGUUUCUUCAGAUUUUCGGAUGAAUCAGAUCAGUAGGAAUACAGAGGAUCUAGAAAGCAACAGCAACGGAAAUCUGCAAUUCGUAUGUGAAAACUCCCACAUUUAAAGGGAGGAAAGAUGGCCAAAUAUUUCAUACUCAGGAUUUUGAAUUAUUUCCCACAGUCAUAAAUGUAACUUUUUUACACAUAUAGUCAUUUGGUGAUAAUUCUCAUGACCAGUAUUUAAAAAACAAAAAUUAUGUCAAAAUAUUUUUAAUGUAACAAAAGGAAGUACAGUGUAAGAAAGAUAAGAUUUUUUUAUUUGUUUUUCCUGCAAAUUAGAGAAGGAAGAAUGUGUUCGGUAACUGUUGGUUUGAGACACAUAACAGAUACCCUUUGCAUUCUCCCACAAAACUUAUACUUCUCAUCUGAAUACUUUAUCAAUCUUGUGGUGUUUUGUGUAUUUUUGAAGCAAGAGGAGUACCAAUCAUUGUUUACACUGUGUACACUUUAGGCCAGCCCUUUGUAGCAAAAUAACAAACUGAAGGUAUUUAUACUUUCAGUUUACAUUUAAAAAAAAAAAAAAAAAAAGAACUUU